GCCCAGGUUGUGGCCAUUCCCCGCCUCCCGCGUCCUGAACCGCUUCUCCCUGAGCUGAGGCGGCGUUUUACCAGCCGGCUGCGGUUCUAGGUGGCGUUCCUGUCCGGCCACAAGAGACUGUGUAGCCCCGCCGCCCGCGGGCAAUGGUGCGGCGGAGCGCGCGGACGGGGGCGGCCCUGCGGCGGGCAUGAAGGAGGAUGGAAGGGCAGGACGAGGUGUCGGCGCGGGAGCAGCACUUCCACAGCCAAGUGCGAGAGUCCACGAUAUGUUUUCUUCUUUUUGCCAUUCUCUACGUCGUUUCCUACUUCAUCAUCAAAAGAUACAAGAGAAAAUCAGAUGAACAAGAAGAUGAGGAUGCCAUAGUCAACAGGAUAUCGUUGUUUCUGAGCACCUUCACUCUGGCGGUUUCAGGUGGUGCUGUUUUGCUUUUACCCUUCUCAAUCAUCAGCAAUGAGAUCCUGCUUGCUUUUCCUCAAAACUACUAUAUUCAGUGGCUGAAUGGCUCCUUGAUCCAUGGUUUGUGGAAUCUUGCUUCUUUAUUUUCCAACCUUUGUUUAUUUGUGUUGAUGCCCUUUGCCUUUUUCUUUCUGGAAUCAGAAGGUUUUGCAGGCCUGAAAAAGGGAAUCCGAGCCCGCAUUUUGGAAACUCUGGUCAUGCUGCUGCUUCUUGCGUUGCUGAUUCUUGGGAUGGUAUGGGUGGCUUCUGCCCUGAUUGACAGUGAUGCUGCCAGUAUGGAGUCUUUAUAUGAUCUCUGGGAAUUCUACUUGCCCUAUUUGUACUCUUGCAUUUCACUGAUGGGAUGCCUGCUGCUUCUCUUGUGUACUCCAGUUGGCCUGUCCCGUAUGUUCACAGUGAUGGGUCAGUUGCUGGUGAAGCCAGCGAUUCUUGAAGACCUGGAUGAACAAAUUUAUAUGAUUACUCUAGAAGAAGAAGCACUCCAGAGAAGACUACAUGGGCUAUCCUCAUCAGUUGAAUACAACGUAAUGGAAUUGGAGCAAGAACUUGAGAACGUAAAGACCCUUAAGACAAAAUUAGAGAGGCGAAAAAAGGCUUCAGUGUGGGAGAGAAAUUUGGUGUACCCUGCUGUCAUGGUUCUGCUUCUUAUUGAAACGUCCAUUUCAGUUCUCCUGGUGGCGUGCAAUAUUCUUUGCCUGCUGGUUGAUGAGACUGCAAUGCCAAAGGGAACAAGGGGCCCUGGCAUAGGAAGCGCCUCUCUCUCCACUUUUGGCUUUGUGGGAGCUGCACUUGAAAUCAUUCUGAUUUUCUAUCUCAUGGUAUCUUCUGUUGUUGGUUUCUAUAGCCUCAGAUUUUUCGGCAACUUUACACCCAAGAAGGAUGACACAACUAUGACAAAGAUCAUUGGGAAUUGUGUGUCAAUCUUAGUCUUGAGCUCUGCUUUGCCUGUGAUGUCAAGAACACUGGGAAUCACUAGAUUCGAUCUACUUGGAGACUUUGGAAGAUUUAAUUGGCUGGGAAAUUUCUAUAUUGUAUUAUCCUACAAUUUACUCUUUGCCAUCGUGACAACAUUGUGUUUGAUCAGAAAAUUCACAUCAGCUGUACGAGAAGAACUUUUCAAGGCCCUAGGACUUCACAAACUUCACUUGUCAGAUACCUCAAGGGAUUCAGAAACUACAAAGCCUUCUGCAAACGGGCAUCAGAAAGCACUGUGAGACUGCCUCGGUAGCACUCUACAGCAAGUCCCGACAACUCCUGAUUCAUGACAUUCCCAUAGAUGCUGUACACUCUGGUGGGUCUGGGCCUACCUGUCAGUGCCCCUUCUCAUAAGCACUUACAACUUGGCACUGCUCAUCUGUUUCUCCUUGAGUUUUCUGCUUGACCUUAUAGCUUUUGGUUAAACCCUGAGUUUUAGAGACUGAGGAAAAGCUGUGUGUCUGCAGCAGGAGCCAUCUGGAUGAGAGGUGAAGACUUGGACAUUCUUACACUUUGCUUUAUACCUUGAGAAGUUUGGUUCUGCGCAGAAGCCUGCUUGAAAGUCAUCUGGUACCCCAAGGCAUUUUCAGAAGGUCCUGGAAACUGCUGUACUAGGAACAAACUACCAUUUUUUUUUUUAUUUCCUUAAAAAAAAAAAAACAAAAACCAAAAGCAGAUUUUCUGAUUCAUGUUACAGAAUCAUUAGACUUUGAGCCAGUGGAAAAUACUAGAUUCUUUUCACAUCUGAGCCUCGGUGGGCAGCCCCAGGACUAUGUUUUUGUGGUAAGCUGCAGUAUGAAGCACAUGUGAUUGUAGAUUUGGACAAUGUGUGUGUGUGUGUGCACCUGAUAAUACUUUUCACAGCACAGAGCCAGUGUUGUACACACAUGUAACUUAGACUUUGCCUUAUAGGCUAUAUGUACAUUCACUUUUUAAAACCUUUUUUCAAAAACUACUCUACUCUGUGCUUGUUGUGCCUGUGAAACCCAAAGACAGAAAUUGCUUCUUCUUCAUGUCCCCAGGCUUCGGUGACUUUCAUAUACACCACCUUAAGUCCACACCUCAGGAAGGUUACCAGUGUGAUAUCUAGAACUUAAAGGUCAGGUUCUCCACAGAAGGGUGGGUGCAGUGGAAUAUGAGCUCAUAAUUAUUCAGUUGUUUAGUUUGUUGGGAUGGUUUCUCAACUCGUGAGUCUACUGAUUAAAACAAACGAGUGCAUGCUGUUUGUUCCUAGGUAGCACACACUUCACAGAGAGUGGUGCUCACAUGCACUGUACGGAUGACAAAACAGGGUUUGUGUUCAGAAAAAAAAAAAAAGUAAAGUGUCUUUUCCUCAAAUUGUUGAAUUUAGCUUCUUUUGGGGAAAUAUAUGAAAGGCAGUAUCUGGCAUUUUUUUUUUUCACUUAAAAAAAAAAAAAACAAGAUUUAGCUCUAUGCUUAUAAGUCAUCGAGUUCUCAUCUUUGCUUACACCAUGGCAUUCCCUGACACCCAGGUUAGCUUUAGGGAAGAGGAGCAUUGGUGCUGUGGCUCUGAGUGAGUCAGUGAAUGCCUCCAGGGAGUACUGGUAGACUCCUAAGGGUGAGCUCCUGCACUAGCACAGUGCGAGUUGACUAUUUAAGAUUUACCUGAUCAUUAAUGCCAGGCUCUGAGUAGACCAAGCCAAGGAGAGGUCAGAGCAGUUUUCUACUGCAGUCACUUACAGUGCAUACCAUUUGCCAACACAACCAAACAGAGUUCUGUAAGGUAAGGUAUUCAAAAAUUUCAUAAAAUGCUGAACUUUUCAAUGUCUGUCUCUAAUUUUCUUAAUGUGUGUGUGUAUGUGAGGUGGAGAAGGGAUGGAAAGAGACAGACGGGCAGACAGACAGACAGGGUGAGGCAUUAAUAAGUAAACAUCUGAGAACAGCUUUCAGGAGUCAGUUCUUUCCUUUCACCAGGUGUGAUUCAGGUACCUUUAUCUGAUGAGCCAGUCCUAAAUAAUGAAUUUUAAAACACUGACUGGAGAUAUUUGGUGAUGGGAUGGAAAGUGCGCUUUAGGGAUUGUCUCUACCUUGAAUGUCAGACCCUCUGUGGUUGAUCUGCAGGCAUGUAGUGAAGGAAAAACACUCCUACAUAUAAAAAUAAUUAAUACAAUUUAAACAAAAAGGGCACCAAGCACUUUAUAGAUCUUGAUGAGAGGAUAUAACAAAUUUUAUACAUUGUAACAUCAUUUUUUACAGAUUUUCUAGAUAUAUUUUAGAUCUAUUUAUCAUCUAUCCAUCUCUAUCUAUCAUCUAUCUGUCUGUCUAUCAAUCUAGCAUCUAUCUUAUGUAAAAUAAGGUCUGAUCUAAAUAUGAGACCCUGUGAGGCUGUCCAUAAACACAGUUAGGUCCUUCAGUCAUACCUUUGGGGCUGGUGGUGAAUCAGAAUGAACCCUGUUGGUUCUGCUUCUCACCACCCAUGGGGCUAUGUGCUUCUACUUGUGGUGGCUGCAGCAGUUGUUGCCACCUCUGCUUGGGCCAGGCACAGUAGGUGGUCCUUAUAGUCAGCAGCACAGAUUCCCGUUUAUUCUAGUCUAUGUAUUUGCUUGUGGUGGGUGCAGUAUUUAAUGCAUUUAGGCAGAAGAGUAUAGGAUCUUUAAAUGUGUGAACAUAUGCAGCACUGAUUUUAAACUUAAACUGCCAUGAUACUUUUCAUAUGUCUAGACACACUGGUAAAUUUUUGUUACAUACUGUUUUCAAUUUUUCUGUUAGUCUUGUUUCCAUGAGGUACUUUUAUUGUGACUUAAAAUUAUUAGAAAUUAAAGUUCUGAAAAAAAAUCUUAUACUUGGUCUAUAAGUCCCUGCACAUAUAACCAUAUAUCUAGUCUUUAGUUCUAUCACGAUGAACAUUCAAGAGUGUUGACAAGCUGCUUCUGGUUCCGUGUUAGAGCAUAGUGGUCUUAGAGGAAGAGAAAGACAUUUUCUGGUUUCUGUUGUGGAUUUAUGAUACAUUUCUUUGCAACCCAAAAGUAGUGUUAAUGGUUUAUCACAUGCAUCUUAGAUUAUUUAAUGAUUCAAGCUCAUUAGACUUGCUUCUGAUUUCUUCCAUAGAAGAACUGAACUUCAUCCAGCAUUCUACAGUGCUGUUCACACCGGCUCAUUUGCUGGAAGUGUGCACAGCCUGCGGACACCGGUGGCUUCACACUUCAAUCCACAUUAAGAAAUGAAUGUCCUUUGUAACUGAGUUUACAUGCACACCAAAACACAUAUAAGGACUUAACAAAACAGUGGCAUUUUUUCUUGUGAUCCAUGUUGGCACUUUCUGAUGUUUAUUUUCUUUUAAAUACCAGGCACAAACUAAGCUAUUUUCUGACCUAUUAGUAAAAAAAUGGGAGAUAAGUUUCCAUUUGGGAAACAUAAUGAAUGUGGUAUGAAGGAACUAAUACACUUCUUGUUGUUAGUGUUGGCUUUGAAUAUUAAUUGGGUAAAUUUGUUGCCUC